AUUAGGAUCAUUGUUUUUAUUGAACAUACACCGGUAAUCGUAUGUCGUAAAAGAUAUUCAGAAGUGAAAGUUGAUAAAUUAUCUUCCCGUAUUUUGCAAUUUGUUUUUCUAACUGUCACUUAAACAUUCCAGUUACAAAGAAAUGUCUGAUAGUGACCAAAAUACUAAUGCCAUCACAGAGGAACAAAGAAAACAACAGCUAGCAAAAUUAAAUUUAAAUGUGGAUGAAUCUAUAACUGCAAGUGACAGUCAAGCCCAUGUGUCAAAUAAACAGGUCAAUGGCUUUCCAGAUAAAACAGGGGACUCAAAUAUUCAAACAGGGGCAAUAACAGAUAGUGUCAAUAUAUCAGAACAAACAAAUAAUAGUGAUUCCAUAAAUUCUAGUCGAGAUAAAACUGACACCAUUCAGAGUAAAAGUGUGCCUAAUGAAAUCGUAGAAGACAUUGCCGAUGACAUAUCAGAUGGAAUCGUGAAAGAUUUUUCUAAAAAUAUAGCUACAUAUGUUACAGAGGUGUGUAAGUUUGACGAACAAUACGAGAAAGAACAAAUGAACGAAUCGUCAGAAACUCAGGAUAAAGAUUCUGCUAGUUCAAAUAGUGAAAUAAAUGAAAAUUCUUCAGAGGAAAAAGCAAAUGAACCAAAUUCAGAACAAUCAGAAGGGGCUAAAGAAGAAUCAAGUUUAGUAGAAGAGGAAAAAGAAGCCACUCAACCAAAUCCAGAUAACAUCAAAGAAAAUGAUGUAAAAGAUCAAACAAAAGAAAAAAAGAAUGGCGAGGAUGAAGAUGGUUACUUAGACUUAUUAGGGAAUGGUUUAUUAAAAAGAAAGGUAAUUGAGGGAGAAGAUGUUGAAGACAUAAAGCCUUAUCAUGGAGAUAUAGUGACUAUUAAUACACGUGGCAAGUUGGAAGAUGGGACUGUUGUUGACAUUAUAGAUGACCUGAGUUUUCCUGUUGGUGAAGGGGAUGUUAUACAAGCAUGGGAUCUUGGUGUAAUGACAACAAAAGUUGGACAGACAAUUGAAUUAACUACUGAUGCAAAAUAUGCUUAUGGAGAACUAGGAAGGAAACCAGACAUCCCUCCAAAUGCUACAAUUACAUACAUGAUUAAGUUAACCAAGAAAGAAGAGGCUCCUGAUAUAAAUAAACUAAAUGUGGAUGAGAAAUAUGAUAUGGCGGAAAAGAAGAGAGAAAGAGGCAAUGAGGUUUUUGGAAGAAACGAUUAUGCAGGGGCAAUUAAUUCAUACAAUAAGGCAAUAAAGAUUUUGGAAUCCGGUUCCUUACAAGGUACCCCUUCAAAACUCCAGGAGCUAGCAGACUGUAGAUUAAAGUGUUGCAACAAUAUGGCAGCUUGCCAACUUAAGGUAGAAGCGUAUGAUGCAGCAAUGAAAUCCUGUCAGGCAGUGUUAGAUUUACAGCCAGAUAAUGUCAAGGCUCUUUUCAGACUUGGAAAGGCCCAUACAGCAAAAGGUAAUACAAAAGAAGGGAUCCAGUACUUACAGAAAGCCUUUAGACUAGAGCCAGAAUCUAAGGUUAUUAAACAAGAAAUCAAGAAAUUAUCUCAGAAAAUCAGUAAAGAAACAGAAGUAGAGAAAAAUAUGUAUAAAAAGAUGUUAGGGACAAAAACAACAACACCAACAGCAGCAAUAUCAACAACAACAAAUCAGAAAUCGUGGAAAUGGGCUGUGUUAGGUGGAGGAGUAGCGGCUGUGGUGGCAGCAGGACUGGCGGCAUACAGAUAUGGACAUCACUAAUGAUCACUUCAUUUAGCAUAUCAAAUCUCUCAAACCUUUAUCUCAUUGGUUUUUUUUAUAAACCAUUUUUUUCAUUCAUUUUGAAGACAAAUGAGGCACUUAGUUUUCAGACAUUCUCUCAUCUUCAAUCUCCUAUUGUUACUCUACUCUGGACCUCAUUUUUUGUGGUUGUGAAUAAAAAAGUGUUAGUUAUUAGAAUGUUUACGAGGGCCUUUACAGAAUAUAACACCUUUACUGUACACAAUGUAGUUUUCAAUGUGAUAUAUACUAAAAUAGGCAAAGAAGCAUUAUUACUGAGGUACUUUUUUUAAAUUCUACUUAACACAAUAAUACUUGACCUAUAACAUUUGGGAUUUAAAAGAAAGUGGCAUUUGUUAUCUAGUUUACGUUAAAGACUAAGGAGUCAUAUAAAUUCAUAUUUUAUCUUUCUUUUUAAAAUCUAUAAGGCAAAUGAAAAAAAUGUAACACCUUAUAAAAUAGUUGCCAUGGUUAAUGUUUAUUUUGAACAUAUUCAGGAUAUUGUGGGUAAAUGUUUUAAUAUAUAUCCCAUGAUCCAUAAAUAUUAACAACAUUUCAAUCAUACAGUGGAGACAGUCUGUAAAAACAUUGAGACCGUUUGGGGCCAAAUUUAUAUGCAUCACUUCUGUUUUGAAGAACAGUAUGUUAUGAUUUGAGAUUUUUAUCCGAUUUGUAAUUGUUUCAUGUUGAAAUUGUUUUUAUUACAUUUUAAAGCACAUAUGCUUUUCAGUAGAUAUUUGAAAACUAACAUCAUAAGGAAAUCCAUGUCAAAAUAUAAAAGUUUCCAUGUUAUCUUAACCAUUCUAGCAACUAACUUAAUGAGAUUGGGUGUGGAAGAUAUUUAUGUUGAAAUAUAAGGUUGAAAUUGUGUGAGGAAAAUUGUUCAUCAACUGAUGAAAUUUGGAAAACAUUUGAUGAGUCUUUUGUAGACGAAACAGCGUCUGGCGUAUAUACUAAAUUUAAUCCUGGUAUCUAUGAUGAGUUUAUUUAUUUAUAUUUUAUAGAAAUUUUGUACGAAAUACCCAUAAUACCUUUAUAGUUGACCUCAUGUCAUCCUAUAUAUAGUGUCUAUGAAGAGAAACAUCUAUCAAAACAGUACCUACUGUAUGUUGAAUAUUUUGGUGAGGGGUUUCGUUUUCACUUAUUUAUAUCCCACUACAUAUUUUUAAUCUUCAAGAUGAUCAAAAUCUGAGUCAGAGACAUAAAAUGCCUCCACAUAUUAAAUCCACACAGAACAGAUUUUACUCUAUAAAUCAUAAUCUAAAAGCACAAAAUAUAAACUAGAUAAUAGUAUUCUGUUUAAACAUUUUGCUGAGAAAUUAUUUUCAGAGAAUAGGUUGAUGGCCUGAUAGCUUUACUUUUAUCAUUAAUAUUGAAUAAUUUGGUUCUUUUGGUUUGUAGAAAAAGAAUAGAACUUUCAUUUCUAUGUCCGUACACUUUAGUUUUGAUAUGUUCAGUAUAUGCACCUUUUAUAGAUAUUCUUAUCUUGUUAAAUGAAUUCUUUUAAGAUGUCUCUUAAAGGGUUGAAUAAGCUUUACAUCUUUAUUAUUCAGUAUUAAAACUAUAAUUAGAAAUAAAGAAUUAUACCAAAUUAUUUCAAUUUAUAAGGGAGAUAACUCAGGAUUUCAAUUGAAAAUAAUUUUGACCAUUGUUAAGGAACAUUUCUCAUUAAAAAUAAAUUCCUAUUGACUUAUUCCUGUCUUUCUUAAAUGUGACUUGUUGAAUGUUUUAUUAUUUUUUGCUGUGCUAGAAAAUUAAUUUCAGAUUGACAAUUGCUAGAACUUAUUUUAAUUAUUUGAGCCUGUUAUGCAUGUUACAUGAUAUCUUUUUUAUUAUUGUUUUUUUCUAAGUAAGAAAGAUUGUUGACAAGAAGCUUUUAGAAAAUGACUCAAAUAAAUAUGGACAGUUGUUUUACUGAAGUCUGUACUGUAUAUUUCAUGUUGUUUGUUUCCUCUACUAGUAAUUAAUGAAUUGGUUUCUGGCUGAAUGUGUCAUGCAUAAUAAUGAAAGUUAUACAUUUUUAGCAAUAAUAUCUCUAAUAUAUUGUUUAAUAUGUGAUUAAUUCAACUAUUAAAAUUAUCAUGAUUUUUUAAACAUGUAUGUGAAUACAAUGCAAAAUAAAAUAAAUCAGAGAAAUAAACAUAAUUUUGAUGUA